CCCACCUUCAACUCAACAAACCCUUGCAACACUUUCGCGCAUCUAUUGUAAGACUUUGGACAAAAAGUAACAAGCUUCGCACACACUUGUCGAUACUCAAUUGACCUUUAAACCUUCCUUGCGACAAUCAUUUGUUCAAUUGUCGCACGCGACGCGCUCACCAGCAAACUGAAAGACAUCCAACGAUUCGAUGCCAAAGUUAAAGAAAUCGACAUUGUCAGGACUUGUCGACUCGGACUCGGACGACGCUCAAUUUCUCGACGCGAUGCCUACUCCAGACUCUGCGGCGGAGAACAAGGCUCCUGGAAAGAAGGCGCGAGGAAGACCAAAAGUAGCACCCACGAAAGUAACCAAGACAAAGGCUCCAGCGCGUCGAACAAGUGGCCGUCUUGUUGCAAAAGCCAAAGCACAGGCAGCAGCUCCCACUAAGAGCAAGAGGCCGGCAUUGAAGGAUAAGACCAACCAGCAGUAUGCCAGCGAGACAGAAGAAGUCGACGAUUUCGAUGCCAAUGACGACCUAGUUAUGGACGGCAUGGAAGUGGAGGAGACAGUCGUUGCGAUGAAACCAACAAAACCUCGAGUCACUAAAAAGAAGGCUGCUGCACCGCGCUCGAAGGCCGUGAAGGAUACAUCACGCACAGAUUACAGUCUCGAGGACAUUACUCCUGUGGCUCCUGUAGUCAAAUCACGCGUAACCAAAAGGAAGGCACCAGUGAAGAAGGAUGUUCCUCCGGAACCGUCCCCCGAGAAAGUUAUAAUGGAAACUCAAGUCCAGCAGAUGGAAGCAGAUGAUGCGGACGAAGAAGUUGAGGAGACCAUUACUAAAUCAAUCAACGUUGUUGCUCGACCGCGGUCGCAGUCCAGACCUCGCCAACAUUCUGCUCAUCGGAGAAGAGCUGGCAGUGCAUCCGAUACAGAGAGGAAUGAUCCGGCUUUGAGAAGAAAGCUUGGAGAAAUGACUAAGAAAUACGAAAAUCUACAGCUCAAGUAUUCCGAUUUGAGGGAGAUUGGUUUGAAAGAAGCGGAGAGGAAUUGUGAGCGAAUCAAAAAGAACAGCGAGGAGAAGACCAAGAUCUCCAAUGACUUGAUAGCAUCUCUGAAAGCCGAUAUUGCAGCUCAAACCACGUUAGCAAAGGAAUCUCGAGGUCUGAAGAAGAAGCUAGAAUCCCAGAACACAGACUUAGCGACUCUUCAGGCCCAAGUGAAGCAAUUGACUGCCUCUCUGAGCGAAACCCAGGCUGAGAAUAAGACACUAUCAACGAAACUAGCUGCAAAUCGUACCACUGCAGCAUCGGUAGAGAGUGCUAAUUCAAAAGUCCCUGGAAGUGCUAUGAAAGCGAACGGUGGCAUCCGUAUGAUGGGUACAGCCGAAGCUGCUCAAGUCGCCCAGGCAGCACAGUUGAAAGAGGAUAUCUAUAGUGAUUUGACGGGUUUAAUUAUCCGUAAUGUCAAGCGAGAGUCGGACGAGGACGUUUUUGAUUGCAUUCAAACUGGCCGUAAUGGCACUCUUCACUUCAAAUUGGCCGCAGCAAACGAGAAAUCGUCAGAGAGCUACGAAGAUGCCCAAUGCAGUUACAUCCCCCAGCUGGAUCCAAGCAGAGACAAGGCACUAAUCGAAUUAAUGCCCGAGUAUCUUACUGAUGAGAUUACGUUCCCAAGACCGCAAGCGGCGAAGUUCUAUGCUCGGGUGGUGAAGGCUUUAACGGAAAAGCCAGCUUAAGUAUUUGUGUUAGUGGGUGGAGCAUGGCUAUUGAGGAAAUAGGAGUUAGGAGUCCGUCAUAGCCUGGAUGCAUCAGAGUUUUGUAGGAGUUAUACCCAGUUUCUUAGUAAUGACAGUACAUAUGAACUGAUUUCGAGCAUGCAUGUAUUUAUGUUGGAACGGUUCAUGGAACUGUUCAAAGGUAUGCUUUAAGGCAGGA